UAUUCAAAUAUCAAGAAUAUGUAUGUCGACCUGACGAAGGACAAUUUACGUGUGGUGAUGGAGAAUGUGUAGAAGAUUUUGGCGAAUGUAAAAAUAAUCGACAUCUAGCAUUGAGUCAAUCCAUUAGUAUUCAAGGAAAUUUAUCCUAUUCAUGUUGGAUAGUUAUGAUUUGUCUUAGCAAAAUCAUGAAUAAAAUCGGAAAUAUAACAUGUGAUCAGUUCAUACAAUCUUCUGAAAUCAUUGAAGAAUUUAAAAAUUGUACGUUUCCUCUUGAAUUUCCUGUUAUUCCUGUACUCUUUGGUCAUGUACGAUUUUUAUAUGAUCCAAAAGAAAUUGACAAUAUUAAUAUAACAUUAGCACUUAAGCCUGAUUAUAUUUGUUACGAUGAGCAAUUAUGUGAUUUUCUUACAGCUACAUUUCAUCAUAAUAAUUUCACUUGUCGGUACGGGAAUCAAACAGGCCUUGACAUGAAUGUCGAACUAACUACAUGGAAAUCUAUCAUCGAUUCGGUCAAACCAUACUUUAUUGGUUGUGUCACUCAACGAUAUCAAAAAAUCAGUUCCCAUUAUUUGUCAUUAUAUCAAUGUAAAAAUUCCUCAAAAUAUAUUUCUAAAUAUCGAAUAGUGGAUGGUAUACCCGAUUGUUUUCUAAAAGAUGAUGAACAAGUAUUUGAAUUAAGUUGUUCAUUAAAUCAAACGCUUCGAUUUCAAUGUCCAAAUGAAAAACAAUGUCAUUCACCUUUAAUUUCACCGAAUAUCUGUUCUCGUUCAAUAGAAAUAAGUUAUGAGAAAAUUUUAUUUUAUCAACUAUGUGAUCGUAUUGCGGAUUUGCCCUUGAUGUUGAUUAAUGGACAAAAUCAUUCAGAUGAGACUGAUUGUGAAGAUUGGCAAUGCAAUAAUAUUUAUACACGAUGCGAUGGUUUUCGAAAUUGUCUUGAUGGAGAAGAUGAAAAGCAUUGUAUGAAAACAAUUACAUUAAGGCACUUCUUUUUCUGUUCUUCACCACAGAAUUAUACACAGAUGUGUUUACCAGCCGGUCAAGUCAUUAAUGGAAUUGCCGAUUGUUUUGGAGCAUCAUCCGAUGAAUCUCAAUACUUUCAAACGACCAAAUUUUAUUGCUCGAAUGACACGAAAUGUACAGACAAUGAAGAUCUUUGCAAUGAAAACCAAGAAUGUCUACCGUAUGAUAAUUAUCAAUUUUGCGUUGACAGUCUACAAUUAUGUAAUGGCUACAGUUUUAAUAAUUUUAUUGAUAUGCGGAACAUGUCAUGUCGAAUCAUUAAUACAGAUUAUAAGUCUUUUCCAUUACAUACUGCAUUAGUUUAUCCAACCUCACACACUAUUUCAACUUAUUCUAUUAAAAACCAGAUCACUGAUAAAAAGAUAGAACUGCCGACUAAAAAGAUCAUACAGCAAGAUGUUUGCAAUUAUGGUUUACAUAUGUAUCAUCGACUUGGAGACGGCAAUUACAGUAGUCUAUGUUUUUGUCCACCAAACUAUUAUGGUGAUCAAUGCCAGUAUCAAAAUCAACGUGUUAGUUUAACUCUCGUAUUGGCAACGGUCGAUCAGCCGAUUGUCUAUACUAUUAUUGUUACCUUAAUGGAAGAUGACAAUGAUAGACAAGAAAUUCAUUCAUACCAUCAAUUUACUUAUGUAUCAAAAACAUUUUGUGGUCGACCUGUAGAUAUCUAUCUGUUAUAUACAACACGAGGAAAGAAUAUUUCAAAAAACUAUAGCAUUCGUAUUGACGCAUUUGACAAGAGCUCAUCGACGUAUUUAGUAAGUUGGCAUUUAGCGAUUCCAUUUAUUUUCUUACCAGUUAAUCGAUUGAGUGCUUUUUUGACUAUUCCAAUAUCUCGACCAUCGAAUUUUAAUCCUUGCAAUCUGCAAUGUUAUAAUGGUAUUUGCAUGAAAUAUCAUAAUGACGAACGAUUCUUCUGUCAAUGUUAUUCAGGUUGGUCUGGUGCACAAUGUCAUAUUCCAAUCGAUUGCAGUAUGUGCGCAUCAAAUUCGAUCUGUAUUGGUUCGAUUCAAAAUCGAUCAAUAUGUGUAUGCCUUCAAAAUACGUUUGGUUCAUAUUGUCGUCUCAAACUCAUGUGUCCACUAGGAUUCUGCAAAAAUAAUGGUCAAUGUGUCGUAAUCGAUGCGAGAAUGAUUGAUGAAAGUUAUGUAUGCUUUUGCUCAGAACAAUAUUCUGGACCAAGAUGUCAAUACGUCAAUCAAAGAAUAGGUAUUUCUCUUAAGGAUAUUGAAAUUCCAACACACUUACUCGUCUAUAUCUACAAUCAGAUUAGUUUUGAACGAUCAAUACCAACAUCUAUUAUACUCAAAAAAAUGACUAUGUUCCAGAAUCAUGUUAUUUUAUACUCUCAGUAUAUGUUCAAAAUGAUUCUUAUCAAAAUUGGUAAUCGUUAUUAUGUGGCUGUACUUCAGAAAGACGUACAAUCUAACAUAACAACAUCAAUUAAUUCUGCACAACGAUGUGCUUCCGUUGAUGAAGUUUUGAGUACUGAAUUAGUUUCAUUGCCACGCAUUCAACGAUUGAAAAGCUAUCACAUUCCAUGUCAACGUGAUUUUAAUCUACAAUGUUUUAUGGAUGAAUUUUACAUGUGUCUAUGCACAGAAGAACAUCAUAGUAAUUGCUUUCCAUUAGAUCAUCAAUCGAAUUUUGUCUGUGAUGAUAAUGUUUAUUGUGAAAAUGGUGGAACAUGUUUACAAGGUCGACCUAUAUGUUUUUAUAGUAUUCUAUGUGUAUGCAGCGAUUGCUUUUUUGGUGAUCGAUGUCAGUUUUAUGCUAAAGGUAUUGGAUUAACAUUAGAUGAUUUAUUACGUUAUGAAAUUCGACCUAAUAGUACAUUAAAUGAUCAAUCAUUGGUAGUUAAAUUAAGUGCAAUAUUUGUCAUGAUUAUUUUUCUCAUUAGCUUAAUCAAUGGUUUUCUUAGUUAUUUAGUUUUCCAUAAUCGUGAUUCUCGUAAAGUAGGAUCUGGAAUUUAUCUUCGAUUAUCAUCAAUUAUUUCUAUUCUAAUUGUUACUAUGUUAAUUAUUAAGUUCUGGUUUGUAACAUAUACGUAUAUGAAUCCAUUGAUCAAUCGUAAUAUUCUUCGAGCUGGAUGUUUAGUAUUUGAACCUUUACUUCGUCUUUUCUUAAAUAUGAGUAAUUGGCUUAACACUUGUGUGGCUAUAGAAAGAGUAAUAUCAGUCCUUCAAGGAAUUAAUUUUAACAAACAAAGAAGUAAAUGUAUUGCAGGAUGGGUAUGUUGCCUUUUACCAUUUAUAAUUUUGGGUUCAAUGAGUUAUGAACUCAUCUA